AUGGUGGGCGGCGUGAGGGCAGCGCUGGGCCUGUCCCUCACCUGCGUCUCGGCUCUCAGCCUGCUCUCGCCUGCCUGGUUCCAGACGCCCGCCUUCUCCUUUGGCAUCCUCACCUACUGCUCCUGGCCCCCAGGGGACAGCCGAAACCAGAGCUGCUCGGCCUUCAGGUCCCUAGACGACAUUCCUGGCUUUGCCUGGAAGGUCUCAGUCGUGCUGCUUCUGGGCGGCUGGCUCCUGCUAGGCUGCAGUGCUGCCCUCCUCCUGUCCUGGGCCCUGGCCCCCAAAGGGCUGUGUCCAAGAAGCGGCACCGGCCCAAUGCCGGGGAUCCAGGCAGCGUCAGCUGCCAUCACCAUCGCAGGCCUACUGGUUUUCCCAGCCGCCCUGGCCUCCCCGUUUGCCAAAGAAGCCUGCGGUGUCUCCUCAGUGCAGCAUGGCGGGAGGUGCCGGCUGGGCUGGGGCUACGGGACCGCCAUGCUCAACGCGGUCCUGACCAGCCUCCUGCCUCUCAUUGGGUGCCCCCCCAAAACCAAGGCCCAGGGACGGCCUGUGGUCUUCUCCAGCGACACCCAGAGAAUCAUCAUCGUGCCAGAAAUGAGCAAAUAGAGCCCCCAAGGAAGAGCAGACAGCGUCCACCCUCCAGCCACAUGAAAUCCCCACAUAUUCAGGUUCAAACCCCACCUCUGCUGCUUCCAUGCUGUGUGACCUCGAGUCGCACGCUUCACCUCUCUGGAGCCAUUGCUUGCUUGUGUGGAGAUCCUGCCCAUUUCAUGAGACCGAGACGCACGA